AUGCGUUUGGCAACAUUAUCCCUGGUGUUGGCUGCCGCGCUGGCCACAGUACAAUCUGAAAGGAUCAAAAGGAGAUUUGGUUUCAGGCGUAGCCGCAGCAGUGACAGUGUCCUUGGUCCCGGUGUAGGCGCUCGGCAGGAGGCGUUGAGGAAAAGCCGAUCCAUGCCUGAGUGGUUGGAAAAAGAGGAGGGCCAAAUUGGCUUUUUUGCUGCUAUUUUGUUAGUGGAAAAGUUCCUCGAUUCGCGUCCCUCGAAAGAGGAUAUCUUAGCAGCUUUGAUGGAUCAAGAAAGCGAUGAGCCUGAGCAUUUUGAGGAUAUACACAUGGAGAGCUGCGGCAACCGUCCAAUGGCUAGAAUCUACAAUCCAGAAGAAGCUGUACAACGCCUCCAUCUUCACCAUUCCCCACGACUUGGUUCCCUGGAAGAGAGCCUCAAGGAGUAUCAACUGUUUGUCAUUGAUCACGAGCGUACUAUGAACAAGAUCAGAGAUGCUAUGAUAAAAGAAUCACACUCGAGACUCCGUCUUGCAUACAUUCAGUGGAACGCCUUGCUAGUUGUUCCCAACGCCUUGCAAAUACUUUUUGCCUUUCUUAAGCCUGGAAUAGGAUUCGCUGUAGAUGAGGUAGAUGCAAUAGCUGUUUUGCUCCAAGAAAACAAAAAGCUCCGUCCUCGGAGUGAGGCACGGUUUUUGGAAAACAUACAAUACGUGCUAAACGCAAUAAGCACAACUGCAGAUUGGGGAACGCCUUCAAUCAUGUACUUGAAUAACCUCAUAGGGACGCAACCAAGGACCCUUUUUAGGCCCAACACCCAGACAAUUAUAUCCGUAUUCCGAAAACCGUUUCAGCCCAACGGAGUUUGUGAAACGAAGCAGGCGAUUCGCUAUAGGGAAAAGGGCUUCGUUGGUACCGUCUUCAACAUUCCCAACAUGGGCCAACUCGCUGUGCUCGGGGCUCAUCUCAAGGGAUGGGACGCUGCUCAGUUCGAAAGCUUAAUUCCUGUUCUUGUCAGCAGCUGCGGAGAGGCCGAGAAAGGCCUUGAUUCGUUUUCCCUGGGAGUUGUUUUUGGAGCGGACUGGAACGAGCACUUUCACACCGGGGCCAUGAAGAGCCUGUACACACUGGUUCAUGCCAAUCCGACAAACUUUCCUGGCCUACAGAAAAGCGACUUCCCCACUAGAAUGCGUACACCUCAGUCUUCAUCUGUGGACCCUCCCUUUCCAUAUUAG